GACCUGACUGUUGUUUUAAAGGGCGCGGCCAGUGCGGCACAGAAUUGCGAAGGUGACUGCCAUACUUCUAAUUUUGGCUUUGUUUCAGCUGGAUGUCAUACUCACGAAAGCCAUUUGAUAGUAGCAAGAGUAUCAGUAGACGGCUGCUCAUGAGAUUGUCCGUCGCAUGUAGAAGCUGAUUGCAGUUGCUUCGUUUCUCUGGAGAAGACUUGGCGACCAUGGAAGUUGAGUUGAGUAUUUGGCACUCUCCAAAAACGACUGCAUUACUGCAUGGAGCUAAACUUCUACUAGUUGAAUCAUGUCUCCGGAAUUAGUGAAGGAAUGAGGGUGGCUCCAGGGUAUAAAUCUUGCUUGCGGAGCUCAUUUCCCCGCCAUUCUGGUAAUUUUCUUUCUGCAUUGAAUCCUCUGUUCAGCGCUGGCUUCAUUGUGUCGGGAUUGUACAGAAGUCUGUCGAAAUUGGUGAUUUUUGCUUCAAACUGGCCAGUGUUCGAACUGGUGUGGAUAGAUUGUUAGAAUAGAGAACUGGGCGCUGAAGAACUUGAAGCAAAUAAUAAGUUAUGGCGAAUUCGGAGAAUAGAGGCAAAGAGGUGGACGAGGUGAAGGACGUCCCCACGCCGCUGGUGAACCGCAGCAGGCGGAUGUCGGGCUCCAUGUCGCGGAGCACACGCGAGAGCCUUUCGAACUAUCCCACGGCCUUCGGCGCUAACCCUCUGGAGUCUGCAUUAAGGCAAUCGAAUCAUGCCUAUGACGAAGAGGCGCUUCGCUGGGCCGCUCUGGAGAAGCUCCCCACUUACGACCGGCUCCGGACGUCGGUUUUCCAGAAGCACAGCGGCAGCGUGCGACAGGUCGACGUCAAGGAUCUCUCUAAAGAAGAUUUCCGGCAUCUGCUGCAGAAAGCGCAGCGGAAUGCGGAUGCCGAAGACGAGCAGCUCAUCGUCAAGCUUCGAAAACGCUUGGACAUGGUUGGAAUUGAUCUACCGACGAUUGAGGUUCGAUACGAGAAUUUGUCUAUCAAAGCGAACUGUUAUGUGGGUAACCGAGGAUUGCCAACUCUUUGGAAUACGUUGCUGAACAUUGUCGAGGGGAUUCUGGACGUCCUUCAUCUUGCAACCUCGAAGAAGAAAGUAAUCACGAUUUUGGACAACGUCAGCGGCGUCAUCAAACCCGGCAGGAUGACCCUGCUCCUAGGCCCACCCAGCUCGGGGAAGACGACGCUUAUGCUCGCCCUUGCGGGAAAGCUUGACAGCAGCCUGAAGGUGAAGGGAUCCGUGACCUUCAAUGGUCACACCCACAAGGAGUUCGUGCCUCAGAAAACUGCCAUGUAUGUCAGCCAAAAUGACCUUCACAACGGCCAGCUCACGGUUCGUGAGACUUUGGAUUUCUCAGCGCGAGUUCAAGGCGUUGGAACACAGUACCAUAUACUGGAAGAGGUCGUGAAGAGGGAGAAAGAGGCCGGCAUUCGCCCUGAACCGGACGUGGACACCUUCAUGAAAGCAGCGGCAUUGCCGAGCAGCAAUGGUAGCCUUGCGGUGGAGUAUGUUCUAAACAUGCUAGGGCUUGACGUAUGCGCGGAUACCAUGGUCGGAGACCAAAUGCGGAGGGGCAUAUCCGGAGGCGAGAAAAAACGAGUCACAACAGGGGAAAUGAUUGUCGGCCCCACGAAGGUCCUGUUCAUGGACGAGAUCUCCACAGGCUUGGACAGCUCCACCACAUUCUCCAUCGUGAAGAGCCUGAGCCGGUUUACACACUCCAUGUCGGGCACUGUCUUUAUCUCGCUGUUGCAGCCAGCUCCAGAGACUUUCAACCUCUUCGACGAUGUUCUUCUGAUAUCGGAAGGGCAGGUCGUGUACCAUGGUCCCAUAGGAAACGUGGAGGAGUUUUUCGAAUCGUGUGGGUUCAAAUCGCCAGAGCGCAAGGGCAUCGCUGAUUUCUUGCAAGAAGUAACCUCGAGAAAAGAUCAAGAGCAGUAUUGGGCCCACAAGCAGAAACCAUACCGAUACGUUUCCGUCAAGGAAUUUGCGGAUGCGUUCCACUCUUUCCACGUCGGUGUCAAGAUGAAGGAAGAUCUCUCUGUACCUUACCCUAGAGAGAAAAGUCACCCUGCAGCAUUAGCCAAAGAGAAGUACUCCAUUGGGAAGUUUGAGCUGCUCAAGGCUUGCUUCCAGCGCGAGCGCGUCCUCGCGAAACGAAAUGCUAUUGUGAACAUCGUGAAAGCGGUUCAGAUAACGGUGGGUGCAUUCAUUUCCAUGACCACCUUCUUCCGCACUCGUCUCAAUCAAGACACACUGAACGAUGGGAUCCUUUACUUGAACGUCCUUUUCUUCGCAAUUGUCAUCUUCUUCUUCACAGGAUUCAACGAACUCGCGGGCACCAUCGGGCGGCUCCCGGUUCUCAUCAAACAGCGUGACAUGCUCUUAAGCCCCGCAUGGGCUUACUCUAUCUCCGCCAUGAUUUUGAGUAUCCCCUCGUCUCUGGUGGAGGUCGGAAUCUACACGAGCAUGACGUAUUUCGUCACGGGAUACGCACCGGACGCCGGUCGCUUCUUCAAACAAUAUCUCGUUCUGUUCUUGAUUCAACAGCAAGCUGGCGGCAUGUUCCGCUUCGUCGCUGGGUUGUGCCGGACCGACACAUUGGCCUUCACAUUGGGUUGGAUUAUGAUCCUAUUGCUUUUCAUGCUCGGAGGUUUUAUUAUUCCUCGCCCGAGCAUCCCAGUGUGGUGGCGAUGGGCCUAUUGGGCGACUAAUAUGGCGUACGCCGAGCAAGCCAUCAGUGUGAAUGAACUUCUCGCCCCUCGAUGGCGGAAACCUAGCCCUGGGGACGCCACCACCGAAUUGGGAGUUGCGGUUCUGCAAAGUCGUGGUCUGUUCCCAUAUUCUUACUGGUACUGGAUUGGAGUCGGAGGUCUUUUUGGCUUCUACGUCUUAUUCAAUCUUGGGUUCACUCUUACCCUUGGCUACAUGCCUGCGAUUGGAAAGAAGCAAACCAUUAUGUCUGAGCAAGAGCUCGCUGAGAAAGAAGCAACAACCACAGGAAUAGGCCUGCCAAAGUCAGCGUCCCGAUCACGAUCUCGGUCCAGGAAGUCAAUAGACUUGAAGUCUAUUUCAGCUGCGAUGAUUAGGGCUGAAGAGGCACCGACGACACUCAGCAGAAGCAGGCGCUCUUCGAAAAAUCAUGCUGAGAUUGAAAACAAGGCAGCUGAAGAUGAAGAUAAGGUGGUUCGCCGCGGAAUGAUACUGCCGUUUCAACCGUUGAGCAUAUCAUUUGACGACGUCUGUUACUAUGUUGACAUGCCGGCGGAGAUGAAGUCGGCCGAAGUUACAGAAUCAAAGCUUAAGCUGCUUUCGGGUAUAACGGGAGCCUUUCGACCGGGUGUGCUUACGGCUCUUGUGGGAGUUAGUGGAGCUGGGAAAACUACGUUAAUGGACGUGUUAGCGGGACGGAAAACAGGCGGCUACAUCGAGGGUGACAUUCGUAUCUCGGGCUACCCAAAGAAGCAGAAAACAUUUGCCCGCAUCUCAGGGUAUUGCGAGCAAAAUGAUAUCCACUCUCCUCAAACGACUGUCCGUGAGGCUCUCAUUUACUCUGCAUGGCUUCGUCUCAACACAGAAGUUGAUGAUGCCAGUAAAAUGGCGUUUGUGGAUGAGGUCCUGGACUUGGUAGAGUUGACGCCGCUAGAGAAUGCUUUAGUCGGAUUGCCAGGCAUCACAGGGUUGUCGACAGAACAAAGAAAGAGGUUGACCAUUGCUGUGGAAUUGGUUGCGAAUCCCUCCAUCAUAUUCAUGGAUGAGCCCACAAGUGGGCUCGACGCCCGUGCAGCCGCCAUUGUCAUGCGAACUGUUCGGAACACCGUCGAUACAGGUCGAACAGUCGUCUGCACCAUCCAUCAGCCCAGCAUCGAUAUCUUCGAAGCUUUUGAUGAGCUGCUGCUUUUGAAAAGAGGAGGCCGUGUCAUUUACGCUGGACCAUUGGGACACCAGUCUUCCAAGCUGGUCGAAUAUUUUCAGGCAAUUCCUGGAAUAACCAGAAUUAAAGAUGGAUACAAUCCUGCAACAUGGAUGCUGGAGGUGUCCAACGUUGACACGGAAAUCCAACUAGGGGUCGAUUUCGCAGACCUCUACCUUAAAUCAUCUCUGUAUCAACGCAACAAGCAGCUAGUAGAGGAAUUGAAGGUGCCAGCUCCGGGAUCUAAAGACCUAUACUUCCCGACUGAGUAUCCACGCUCGUUCCGGGGUCAGGUGGGAUGCACGCUGUGGAAGCAGAACAUAUCAUACUGGAGGAGCCCCAACUACAACCUUGUUCGCUACGGCUUCACGUUUUUCACUGCACUCAUUUGCGGAAGCAUUUUCUGGGGCGUUGGGCAGAAAUACGACACGUUGGAAGAAUUGACAACUACGAUUGGAGCAUUGUAUGGAGCCACACUGUUUCUGUGCUUCAACAAUGCACAGACAGUGCAACCCAUGGUGAGCAUAGAGCGAACUGUCCAUUACCGUGAAAAAGCUGCCGGAAUGUACUCUGCCACAUCGUAUGCACUGGCACAGGUUCUGGUUGAGAUUCCCUACGUCUUGGUCCAAGCAGCGAUGUAUUCAUCUAUCACGUAUUCAAUGCUGGCCUUUAUCUGGACACCGGCUAAAUUCUUCUGGUACUUCUAUACCCAGUGCAUCGGUUUGGUGACCUUCACAUACUACGGGAUGAUGAUGGUGGCGAUUACUCCAAACUUGAUCCUAGCGACCGUCCUUAGCACAUUCUUCUACACGGUUUUCAACCUCUACUCAGGCUUCUUAAUUCCUCGUCCUUACAUCCCUGGGUGGUGGAUAUGGUAUUACUGGUUCUGCCCUGUGGCCUAUUCUGUGUAUGCUCUUCUAGCCUCUCAAUAUGGAGAUGUUACCGAUCGGCUGAACGUUACGGGUUCCCAACCCACCACCGUAAACGUUUACUUGGAUCAGCAAUUUGGCUUCAACCACGACUAUCUGAAGUUUGUGGGGCCGAUUCUCUUCCUGUGGGCGAUACUCUUCGGUGGAGUCUUUGUUUUUGCCAUAAAAUACUUGAACUUCCAGCGCCGGUGAUGCUCCUCCAACCGAGCUGCUGCUGCUUGUGGUGGCAGCACUGUUGUUGUUGAUCCCCUCUGGAAGCAUCACCAUGUGAUAUACACAGAAUGACGUUUUGAUGUCAAUAUUACUUUCAUUUGAAUGAUUGAGUUGCCUGACUGGGAUCCACAACGACUAAUGUGCACAUUUGUUUGAGGUUAUUGUUUGGAUUUUCCCAUGCUAUUUAGUCAGUUUAGACUUGGAUUAGCACAGGCAAGUAUAGACUUUUACAUGCGUGUAAAAGGGCACAGUCCAAGGUUUUACCCACAUGAAGAGCUUUUAAAUGGGUCCUUCGGCUGGAAGAUCAAGAGUAUAUCAGUUAUCAUGAGAAGAAGAAGUAGUUUACGCAAUCAGCCUCGUUUGAUUUGUUUAGCACUCAUUUGUAUUUUUAUAAAUCCUUUCUGGAAGGUGAAAUUCACUUCCAUUGAAUUAAUUUAACUGUCAAGUGGUUAUCCAUGAUUACUAGAC